UUUCAUUCAUUUGCUUUCGUUUUUUUAUCCAGUCGUAUACAGUAUUCUUCUUUUUUCAGGUGAACACCCAUAUCUCACAGUUGAUGAUUAUGGCAGGCUGGUGUACAAUUGUGACGUAUGCUCAUUGCAAUUUGAAUCCAGCUACAGACUAUUAAAACAUAUAAGAACUGCACAUACAUUUAAGCAUCCAUUAAAAUGCAUGUACUGUAGCAAGAGAUGCGCAGGCUUUGAGAAGCUCGGCAAUCAUGUUUUGGUGCAGCAUAAGCCAAAUCAAAUACACUGUGAUUUAUGUCCUAAGGUAUUCCCAAUGCAAAGGAAUCUAGAAUACCAUGUGAAUAAUGUACAUAAAGGAAGAUAUGCUGCUAUGCAGCUCCCUCAGACAUGUCAAACAUGUGGAAAAGUAUAUAGGAAUAAAUAUAAUUUAGGACUACACAUGAGAAAGGCACAUGCAGAGAGGCCAACCUAUACAUGUCCAACUUGUGCAAAGGUUUUUGUAUGUAAAAGAGGUCUUCGUAAUCAUAUAUCGAUGAUACACGGGGAUGGCAAAAUUGGGUUCAGGGAUAAGGAAGAAAAGCUAUCACGUGUGUGUCAAACUUGUGGAAAGGUGUUCAUGACCAAACAAGGUCUUAUGAUUCACGAGAAAAACCAUUCAACUAUCCGACCACAUGUGUGCCAAUUAUGUGGUGUCUCUUAUAACAUAAAAUGUCAACUCAAGAGACAUAUGAGAUCCCAUGAGAAACCAUUUACAUGUGAGGUAUGUGGUGAUAGGUUUAGCCGUAAAUAUAACUUGAAACAACAUAUGAAAGUACAUACUGGAGUAAAAGAAUAUGAGUGUAAAACGUGUGGAAGAUGUUUCACACAGAUGGCUGCCUUGUGCGGGCAUACUAGAACUUGUAGUAAGUCUGGCAAAGGAGAAAAUAUGAUUGUUGAUGCAAAUCUCAUCAUGCGAUAAGCAUUUUAGGUUCUUUGUUGAGCUGGUCAUAUCACUGCCAAUACACACUCUUGCUUUAGCUAUGACACUAGAACAAACUCACAAUAUCAUAAGGUCUGGAUAAUUCCCUAUGUAAAGGGUAAAUAUGACUUUACAAGAUUUUCCAUGAAAUAAAUUAAAAUAUUCUGGGGACUGGGAAUAAUGUAAAAUACAAUGUACAUGUACAUGAUGUAUUAUUAUUUGGAUGGCCUAUUUAUAAUUCUGUUAACAGCAGUUAAACUGCGUGUAUAUCUGUUAUUACUAAAAAUAUGUAUGAAUAUCUCAUUACAUUGAAUGGUGCUUAUAAUAAAUAUAUUUCAUUUUUUUAUGAAAAA